CGCGCGCACGCGAACGUUCUGCUCCGCGACACCUCUCGCGCGCCCGCACGCGCGCUCCUCCGCGCCCUCCCGCACCCGCCGCGCCCGCACCGCGACCGCGUCUCGACCGCGCGCGACGCGAGCGAGAUUCGAGAAAGAUAUUCGAGAAAGAAAAAGUAUCUCGCGCGAUAACGAUAACUAACAUCAUCUUCACCUUCGACUGCGACGACCACAUGCAACCGUUCUGGAUGGACCCCAACGUGGACGGCGCCGCCGCGCGAUCGCCACCCGGACCUCCCGCGCGGUCCCCCGCGGAGCCUCGACACGGGUCGUCGUCGCUGCUCCGCUCGCUCUUCUCGCUGCACGCCCCCCCGAACGAGGUCACGAAGAUGCACAACAGCGACUCGUUCUCUCAGCUCCCGUUCGUCGGCGGCGAGGAGGAGGCGCAGGACCACUGGCACGACAAGUGGGAGGCGCACAGACGCACGUCGUUGGACGAGGCGGACCGCGCCGCGGAGCACCGGUCCAUGGUGCGCGCGAUGACGACGCACGCGGGGACGAAGACGAAAGCCGUCGCCGCGGGGCUCGCCGCGCCGGGCGAGGUCUACAAAACAGCCGCGGCGGCGCCGUUACGCCCUAAACCGGCAACUACCGCGACUAGCACCACGCAGGACGACCCGUGGCGCGCGGUGUUCAACCCGGGAAGGAACAUGAACAUGCGAGCCGUCGGCGCGUCCAAGUUUGACAAGCCCGUCGCGGGGGACGGCAAGAGCGUGAACCACCACCUCCUGCAGUCGCAGUCCGCCGCGGCUGCGCCGGCGGCGAAGAAAGAAGACGGCUCCGUCAACGCGGAGGACAUCUACAAGAGCACGUACUGGGGAUGACGCCCUCCUUUCUUUCGCGACGAGCGAGCGACCGCGCCGCCGGCGUUUGUAUCCUAUUUUCCGUUUUGUACAGAAGUUUGUCCCGCCGACAGCCGAGCGAGAAGCGAGACUCGAUAUGAUUGAUGAUCAGUCACCGUGUAAUAAGUCUUCGUUGUAACAAGAACAAGUCAUUCGAAC